AUGUCUCGCGUCGGAUUAUGGGCCAAAGUCCUUGCCGGUGGCCUUCUCAUGUGUGUCGGAGGUCCCGCCUUCGUGGAAUGGAUCCGCCCUACCGACGAAGAACUCCGCAAGCGAUACAACCCAGAAUUGAGACAGCGCAGUGAGCAGCAGGGCGACCGUCGGGCCCAGGAGUUCGAUGACUAUGUCGGCAAACUGAAGGAGUGGUCCAAGUCGGACAAAUCCAUCUGGUAUGCCGCACAAGAAGAACGAGACCGGAAGCAGGCCGCGAUCGAUGCGCAGCGCACACAGGCCAAGGAGCAGACGAAGACACAACGCGAGGAAAUGCGAAAGGAGAUGCUGGGUGAAAAAUGA